AUGUUCUUCCAAGGGUCGAUUCAAGAAGGAAUCUCGACGGCAGUUGGCCAACAGAAGCUGUUGCUGUGCUUCGUGACGGAUGACAACGACGAGAGUCAAACAUGGGAGAAUGAAUAUCUACAGGAUGAAUCUGUCAAUGGCUUGAUUGUCACCAAGGCAAUCGCGCUCCGACUCAAGGCGGGGUCUGAAGAGGCUGGCUAUCUAGCUCAAAUCUUUCCGCUGCCCAAGACCCCUACAGUUGUCAUCAUGAAGCAUGGCGAAUUGAAAGAGUAUAUUGCUUCGGGUACGACAAAGAACGAUUUUCUUCGGCGGCUAUCUAAUGCCUUCUCGGCCGGCAACGCGCCCGUGUCGACGCCUGCGCCGUCUACUCCAGCUGCCAAUGUCGCAGCGCCGGUCGCGAUGCCCACUUCUACUACCGAGUCGCCAGCACCGACAUCAUCCACCAUCCUCUCCGCUAGUCCGGAAGCAGACGGCUCAGCAAAUGUCCGCCGCAUCCUUGCUGAGAGAGCUGCGAAGGCCCAGAAGGAGGCCGCAGAGCGCGAGGCCAAGGAGGCAGAGGCUGCUGCCGCCGCCGCGGGCGCUGUCACCGCCGCUCUCAAGGGCAAGGGCAAAGCUGUAGUAGAAUUGCCCACUGCGAUAUCUCAAAGCAACGCUCAAAAGGAGGCCGCCGAUAUGAUUAAGAAGAAGAAGGCACAGCAAAACGACGAACGCCGCAGAAUCCUGAAGAGAAUCGAGGACGACAAGGUAGCGCGGCGUGAGCUGGCCGCGCAACGCAAGAGGCAAAGACAAGAGGAUCUUGCUGCUCUAGAAGCAGAAGAAAAAGAACAACAGCAGGCUAAGGCUGCCUCUAGGUCCAGCUCGAGCCGCGCAAGCACCGCCGCUGCAAUUCAAGUACGGCUCUCAGACGGGUCCACGCUCCGAAACAAAUUUCAGGUUGCCGAGAGCAUCAAGGAUAUUCGGGAUUGGGUUGAUAAGGAACGUUCCGAUGGUAACGAUCCAUACUUUUUCAAACAAAUCCUCACUCCGCUCCCCAACAAGAGCAUCGACACCACCGAAGAGGGCAAAUCUCUAGGCGAACUUGGGCUCUCUCCUUCAUCCACACUUUUAUUGAUUCCAAUUCAACGAUUCGCCGCGGCAUAUGACGCGCAAUGCCCUUCAAAAGGCAUAUUUGAUCGGAUCAUGGCGUUUGUUCUCGGCCUUUUCGCCUGGCUCAUGGGCGUUAUCGGUCUCGGCGGCGGUGCUCGGCCAGCUGCGCAAGCCCCCAGUCAGGACACUGCAAAUUCGCCCGCAGCUCUACGAAACCAGCGCGUCCAGGCAUUUCAGAACCCAAACGACAGACGCGGCGAUCAGCAGCUUUACAAUGGGAAUUCCUUGAAUUUCGAGCCUAGACCGGAUGAAGAAGAGAAUUGA